AUGCUCGAUCGAUGGUUUAUUCACGAAGAUCCAGACGAUAACCCAAUAUAUGUUAAGUAUGUAGUACCUAACGACCUAAAAGCAUACUACACUAUGAUGCUUGAUUUACACGCCGAAGAGGAACAACACCCGAUUCCUAAGGGCUCCAUGAUGCUCUUACGCCUACUCAUCAGCUGGAUCCCUAAGCCAGAUCUGGACCCCUUUGUUAUUACACAUCCAGACUUUGAUAUUCAGAACUUCAGAGUCUCUGAAGAGGGUGAGCUCCGCAGUGCUAUUGAUUGGGAUGGAGUCGCUACUAUGCCUCGUACUCUUAGUAACCAAAGAUAUCCCGGGUGGCUCAAGCGGGACUGGGAUCCAUCUAUUUAUAGAUAUAAGGAGUUUAUAUAA